AUGGGCCGGCGCAAGGCCAAAGCGGUGCCGCGUCCAGAGCGACCCCGGAGGCCCCCCUCCGGGGAGCCCGAGUCCAGCUCCGCCAGCGCAGACCGCGCGCCCCGCGGACAGCACCCCCAGGGGCGACGGAAGGCCCACGCGCGCGGAUCCAGCUCGGAGCGGAGCCCGGCCGGGGACGCAGAGACCCCUGAGAGUGGCAGGAAGCCCCUGGCAGAGGGGAGCGGCGGCUGCGCGCGGCCGGGAGCUGGAUCCCGACCCGACGCCCCGCAGGGAAGCGGCAGCGCCGGGCGCCGGAGCGGCGGGUCCAGGGCGAGCACAGAGCCUGGAGAGCGCCCCGGAGCGCGCCCGGAGGAGGGCGAACCCCGCGAAGGGCGGGCGAGGGGGCGCGACCGCCCACGGCGGAGAGGGAAGGGCCGGGGCCCCUCCGGCCCGCGCGGCCGCCGCCAGCCCCGGCGCAGCCUGGACGGGGACACGUCGUCGGGCCGGGACGCGGGCAGCUCCUGCGCGGACAGCGACGCGCGCCGGGCCCGGGAGCGGGGCGGGCACACACACGCCGGCUCGGGGGGCUCCGAGACCGGGCCUGGGUCGGCAUCGGAACCGGCAUUGGAACCGUCCGGGCCCCAUCGCGUGACCCGGGGGGCAGACGCGGCCCCGAGUCCCGGGGGGCCCGGGCCCGGCCGAGACGCCGAGGCCGACGUGGCCGUCUCCGGGGACGUGGGGCCGCGCCGGGGCACGAGCGAGAGCCGGGCGCAGGCGGGAGACGCCGAGGCCUCGGCCGCCCGCGCGGGGCGCCGCCAGCUGGGAGAGGCGGUGGGGGCGGCGCAGGUGGCAACGGCCGAGUGCCACGCGGCGGCGGCAGGGGACGGCCAGCAGGGUGGCCCCGCGCCGCUGGCCGCCCUCGUGGCGCUCCGCAGGCUCCGCGCGAGGCCCCCGCUGGGCCCGGCUCCCCAGGCCGCGCGUCCCCGGCGCACGGGCCUCAAGGAGCGGCUGGUGCGCGUGGCGCGAGCCCUGGGCCUCCUGCGGUGGCUGCUGCGGCGGCUCGCGAGGCCCGCGGGCGGGGGGGGCGGGGCGGGGCCGGGGCGGGGCUUUGAUCAGGAUCCGGGCGGUGCCCCGGGUGGGGCGGGGCCUCACGUAGGUGCCGGGAGGGGCCUCGAGCAGGACAGGGGCGGGGACUCUAGUAUGGGGGCGUGGCCUAAAUCAGAUGUGGGGCGUGAUUUCGAGCAGGACAUAGGCGGGGCCCGGGAUCUAGGGGCGGUGACUCGGUUCGGCGUUGAGCAAGAUGGGGGCGGGGCCGCUGCCAGGGGGGCGAGGCCCCUGGCAGGCGCGGGGCGAGUUCAAGAGCAGGACGGGGGCGGGGCCUCUGGCCUGGGGGCGGGGCCUCGGGCAGGCGUGGGGCGGGACCGAGAGCAGGACGGGGGUGGGACCUCAGACCAGGAGGCGGGGCCUCGGGCAGGCUUGGGGCGGGACCGAGAGCAAGACGGGGGCGUGGCCGCUGGCCGGGAGGCGGGGCCGCUGGCCGGGGGGCGGGGCCGCGGGGCCGGGCUGCGGCGGCGUCUGGCGCUGCGCCUGGCUGGCCUGGCGGGGCUGGGGGCGCGGCCGCGGGCUGCCCCUCGCUGUGGCCCGAGCUCUCUGAGCCUGGUCCCCGACGGCGCCGAGGGGACGCCGGAUCCCAAGUUCGCGGCGGUGUUCCCCAGCUCCCAGGGGGCGGGGAGGGCGUCGAACACGCCGAGAUGCACGGAGGGGUCGUCCCCAAACGCACCCGCCGGGCAGGGGUCGGGUGCGGGUCCUUCAGGAGACCACGAGGGACGCGGGGCAGAAGAGGGGGAGGCCCCGCCGUGCCCCGGCGAGUCCCCGCUGGACGCCAGCAGCUCCGACAGCGAAGCGGGGCGCGAUCCCGUGCGGGCGGCGACCCCGGUGCACUGGGCGCAGGGCGCGGACCCCCGCGAGGACCCGGCGCUGGACCCCGACGCGCUGCUGCCCCGCCUGGCCCUGGAGACCCGCCAGCGGCGGAGAGGGCGCCCGGGUCCCCGCUGGGAGCCGGAGGACGAGGCGGAGGCGGCGCUGGAGCGGGACCUGGAGCGCAGCCUCGGGCCCGACCCCCGCAGGAGCCUCGCCGAGGGCCUGGAGGACACCGACGACCUGGCGCGGCUGCAGCCCGUGUGCGACAGCUCCGUGCUGCUGUGCCUCAAGAAGCGGUUCCACCUGGGCCGGAUCUACACCUUUGGGGGACCCCUCCUGCUGGCUUUGAACCCCUUGCGGCCCCUAUCUCUCUUCUCGCCUGAAGUCCUGGCCAGCUACCGCCCCGGGCAGGCCCCCAACAUGACCCCACACAUCUUUGGCGUCGCGGCCUCUGCCUACAGCCUGGCACGGGACACAGGGCAGAGCACGUUCAUCUUGCUCGGGUCCCCACCCUGCAGCGGGCUCAGCGGCUCCGGGAAGACGGAAGCGGCCAGCAAGCUGGUGGGGUUCCUGAGCAGCCUGCAGCACGAGGGGCCGAGGGACCCGGGGUGCCAGCUGGCCCAGAUGUUGCCGAUCCUCAGCAGCUUUGGCCACGCCAAAACGGUCCUUAAUGCCAACGCCAGCCGCUUCGGCCAGGCCUUCCGCCUCUGCCUGCAGCAGGGGGCUGUCGUGGGGGCGUCUGUGUCACAUUACCUGCUGGAGACCUCCAGAGUGGCCUUCCAGGCCCAGGCUGAGCGGAACUUCCACGUCUUUUAUGAAGUGCUGGCAGGGCUGGACCCGGUGGCCCGGGAGGGACUGUCCCUGCAGGGUCCGGAGACGUAUCACUACCUCAACCAGGGCCGGGCAUGCUGGCUGGAGGGCAAGAAGGACGCCCAGGACUUCCUGGAGCUGCUGCAGGCGCUGCGGGCGCUGGGCAUGAGCCCCGAGGAGCUGACCGCGGUCUGGGCUGUGCUGGCCGCCAUCCUGCACCUGGGGAACAUCUGCUUCUCCUCCUCAGAGCGGGAGUCCCAGGAGGUGGCGGCCGUGUCCAGCUGGGCUGAGAUCCACACGGCGGCCCGCCUGCUGCGGGUGCCGCCCGAGGGCCUGGAGGGGGCGGUCACCAGGAAGGCCGCGGACACGCCCUAUGGCCGGGCCUCCCGGCCCCUGCCCGUGGAAAGUGCCCUGGACGCCAGGGACGCCCUGGCCACGGCCCUGUACUCGCGGCUCUUCUCCUGGCUCCUGCAGAGGACCAACGCGCGGCUGGCACCGCCUGGCAAGGCGGGCACCGAGGGCACCGUCACGGUCGCUGUCGUGGAUGUCUAUGGCUUUGAGGCCCUGCGCGUGAACGGCCUGGAGCAGCUCUGCAACAACCUGGCGAGCGAGCGGCUGCAGCGCUUCUCCGCGCAGAGGCUGCUGGAGCAGGAGGAGGAGGAGUGUGCGCGCGAGCAGCUGCCCUGGGCGCCCAGCCCCCCGCCGCCACAGGAGUCGUGCCUGGGCCUCCUGGCCGGCCAGCCCCACGGCCUCCUGGACAUCCUGGACGCCCACACCCGGCUGUCCCAGGCCACGGACCACACGUUCCUGCAGGAGUGCCACUACCGCCACGGGCAGCACCGCUGCUACGGCAAGCCCGCACGGCCUCUGCCUGCCUUCACCGUGCGCCACGCAGCCGGGACCGUCACCUACCAGGUUCACAAGUUCCUCAGCAGAAACCGGGACAGUGUUGCUCCGGACGUGGCGGACAUGCUGGCCCGGAGCCGGCUUCAGCUGGUGGGCAGCUUGUUCCAGGCAGGCGGAGGACGAGACCGAGCCACGCUGGCCUCCAGCUUCCAGCAGUCCUUGGGGGACCUCCUGGCCCAGCUGGGCAGGAGCCGAGUCUUUGUCAUCCAGUGCGUCCAGCCCAACCCCAGGCGGCUGCCGGGCGUCUUUGACAUGGGACACGUGGCCGAGCAGCUGCGCCAGGCGGGCGUCCUGGAGGCGGUGAGCAGCCGCAGGGCCACCCUCCCCGUGCGCAGGCCCUUCAGGGACUUCCUGGCCAGGUUCCAGGCCCUGGGGACGCACCCGCAGGGGGACCCCUCGGAUCGGGAGAGAUGCAGCGCCAUCCUGAGCCAGGUGCUGGGGGCUGAGUCCCCCCUCUACCACCUCGGAACCACCCAGGUGCUGCUGCAGGAGUCGGGCUGGCAGCGGCUGGAGCAGCUCCGCGCCCAGCGGCGGGCCCAGACCCUGCUGGCCCUGCGCCGCGGCCUCCGCGCCUGCCUGUCCCACCAGCGCCUCCGCCUGCUGCCCCGCGUGCAGGCGCGUGUCCGCGGGCUCCAGGCCAGGAAGCGCUACUUGCAGCGGCGUGCAGCGCUGGCCCAGCUGACCACGGUGCUCCUGGUGGUCCGGCCACUGCUCUGGACACGCCAGAGGCUGCAGUGGAGAGGGUGGGCAGGUGGGGCGCCGGGCGCCGAGGGCGCAGUCCCUGGAGGCAGAGGCGCGUCCCCUCUGACCCCGCAGUGUGGGCACGGGCGUGGCUGGCAGCGCGGCGAGAGCCCCGACACAGCACCUGCCAUGGAGCUGGAGCGCGCGGAGCUCCCGGCCGAGCUGGCCGUCCUGCUGAAGAUUGCAGAAGGCCGUCAGCACACCCUGGCCGAGAGCAUCAAGGAGUCCCUGCCCCCAGAAGUGCCCGUCCGGCCCAGCCUGGCCCUCCCGCCCGACAUUGACAGCUUCCCCUUCUCCAGCUUCGUCUCCACCGGCUUUCAGGAUCCAGCCCUGCCCAGCCCCGGGAAGCUGCUGACCAAGCCCCUGACCCGGCUGGCGGGCGAGAGCCUCCAGAAAGUGCUGGACAUCAACAAAGUGCUGCUGUGGCUCCUGCAGAGCAGCUCGCUGGCGCCCUGGCAGGAGCAGACCCUGGGCUCGUACCUGGUGGCGCAGGGCCAGCGCCAGCCCCGGCUGCGGGACGAGCUCUUCUGCCAGCUGGUGGCCCAGCUCUGGCAGAACCCCGACGGGCAGCAGGGCCAGCGCGGCUGGGCCCUCAUGGCCCUCCUGCUCAGCGCCUUCCCCCCGCUGCCCGCCCUGCAGAAGCCGCUGCUCAAAUUCGUGUCCGACCAGGCGCCCCAGGGCACGGCUGCUCUCUGCCAGCAUAAGCUGCUGGGAGCACUGGAGCAGGCGCAGGUGACCCCUGGGGUGGCGCGGGCCCACCCCCCCACCCAGCUGGAGUGGACGGCAGGGUGGCGGAAGGGCCGCAUGGCGCUGGACGUCUCCACCUUCAAUGAGCGGUGCUACUCUGUGGAAGUGGAGUCCUGGACCACUGGGGAGGAGCUGGCUGGACGCGUCCUGCAAGCACAGGGUCUGGAGGUGCCCCCACGUGGCUGGUCCGUGUCACUGCACUCCAGGGACUCCUGGCAGGACCUGCUGGGCUGCGACUUCGUGCUUGACCUCAUCGGCCAGAUUGAGGACCUGGGGGACCCCUCGGCCCCCCGCAGCUACCCCAUCACCCCCCGGGGCCUAGUCGAGGAUAUCCCCCCCGCCCCUGGCUUCCAGGCGCCCUCCUUCCCCGCCCCUCCCCCAGGCCCUGCCCCGACGCUGCCGGGCACCUUCUCAGGUGAGGCUGGUGCCCCGGGAACCCUGGACCGCUUCGUGGACCACCUCUUCAAUCCUGUCCUCUCUGAGAACCCCAGUGACCUGGAGCAGAGCCUGGCCCUGAGCAGCCGCAUGAAGGGCGGGGGUGGCGUCGGGCCCAUGCAGCAGGGCAUGAGUGAGUCGUACCCCGGGGUGAUGCAGAUGCCGGGGUACCAGCCCCCCAUGAUGCCUGCGCCUGUGAUGCCAGGUGAGGCCGCGCUGGCCGGGCGCGCGGGGGCCAUGAUGGCGCCGCAGGCUCCGUUUCCGAGCAUGAACGCGCAGGAGCUGUGGCUGCAGCAGCAGAACUUCAUCAACCAGCAGGCGAUGAUCAUGGCCCAGCAGGUGGCGGCCUCGGCCCUGAGCAUGUCCCGGGAGCAGUUGCUGCAGCAGCAGGCCAAGAGGCCGCCGGGCCCCCCGCGGGAGCAGGGCCAGGAGCUGGAGUCGGUGGGCGCCGGGCUGGACGAGUGGCCACCAGAGCUCGGCGAUGGGACGGAGAGUACCAGGAGCUUCCAGGAGAAGCGGGCGUAUUUCCAGAAGAUCGGGUCCCCUCCGCCCGUGGCCCCCCCGCCGCCCGUGGCCGCCCCCCCGCCCGUGGCCAAGAAGCCGCAGGCCAGAGCCCCGCCGCCCGUGGAGGCCCCGCGCAGGGAGGUGGUGCGGGCCAGCUCAGACCCAGAGCCGCGGCCACAGCCCAGCAGGGAGAUCGGGAACCUGAUCCGUAUGUACCAGAACCGCCCGGCCCCUGUGCCCACGCCCGUGCAGCCGACCAGGAAGCCCGUGAAUCUCUUCUUGAAGAAAAGCGACCCUAAGGAUGAGGCGCUGGCCAAGCUGGGCAUCAGCGGUGCCCAGCUGUCCCCUGCGCCACAGUUCGCCAGCCCCGGCAAGGACCCCGCGCCCCCCGUAGCUCAGAAACCCCGAAGGACGGGGCUCUCCAGCACCAUCAAGGAGAAACAGGGGCCCCUGCAGCAGCUGUUCAGCCAGACCAAGCCCCCCGUGCCACAGCCGCCGCCUCCAGUGUCUCAGCCGCCCCCUCCUCCGGGGUCUCCUGGGGACCUGCCAGGCGCUCAGCCCCUCGCCUCUCGGGCGCCCCCUGCAGGCGUGACGGAGCCCAUGCAGGACAGGGGCGUCCCUACGCAGCUGCACCCGCCCUCGGGCAGCGUGUGCUUUUCCUACGCCAACCCAGGCUGGAAGCUGUUCCUGCGCAAGGAGCUCUUCUACCCCCGGGAGAACUUCAGUCACCCCGUGUACCUCCGACUGCUGUGUGAGCAGAUCAUUCGGGACACCUAUGCCGAGUCCUGCAUUCGAAUUUCCCAGAGCGAGCGGCGCCGGAUGAAAGAGCUGCUGGGGGACCUGGACGUGGGCCUGGAGUCGCUGCACAGCGUGGACGACAGUGUCAAGAAGCGCAUCGUGGUGGCCGCCCGGGACAACUGGGCCAACUACUUCUCCCGCAUCUUCCCCGUCGAGGGCGAGAGUGGCAGUGACGUGCAGCUGCUGGCCGUGUCCCACCGAGGCCUGAGGCUGCUCAAGGAGGCCCGAGGCACCAGCUUCCAGCCGGAGCAGCUGAAGACCCUCCGCUCGUUCAGCUUCUCGGAGGUGCUGGCCGUGGAGAGCCGCGCGGGCUCGGCCCUGGAGCUGUCCCUGCGGGGCGAGCAGCUGGUGCUGCAGACCGCCUGGGCACACGCCGUCAAGGCCCUGGUCGACCUGUUCCUGGCAGAGCUGAGGAAGGACUCGGGCUACGUGGUGGCCCUGCGGAGCUACAUCACCGACAACCACAGCCUGCUCAGCUUCCAGCGCGGGGACCUCAUCAAGCUGUCACCGGCGGCCCCUCAGGAGCCAGGUUGGCGGUUCGGCUCCCUGGGCGGCCGCUCCGGACUCUUCCCUGCUGACAUCGUGCAGCCGGCGGCCGCCCCCGACCCUUCCUUCACGCCCAAGCAGAGAAAAGACCCCGGGCAGAGCAGGGCCGCUGAGCCUCCCAGCUGCAUCCCGUCACGGACGCAGAGCGAGGACGCCGCCAGCCUGCCCCCGUCCGUGAGCAGCGCGGCCCGUGAGUCCAUGGACUCCGAGAACUACAGCAUGCCCGAGUUUGCGCUGAAAUACUUCCGGAAACCGCAGGCCCCGCGGCACCCCGUGGACGCCCGCAGCGUCGCCAGCCUGGUGCGCUACACCAAGGACCCCAUCCCACACUCCCUCAUCAGCUUCCCGGACGAGAGCAUCAGCAGGCAGGCGGUGGAGAGCUUCCAGGUGCUGAGGCAGUUCAUGGGGGACCAGCCCCGGCCCAAGGGCAAGGACGAGCUGGACCUCCUGUACAGCCUGCUGAAGCUGUGUCACCAGGAGCAGCUCAGGGACGAGAUUUACUGCCAAGCCAUCAAACAGGUCACAGGACACCCACGGCCUGACCGCUGUGGCCGCGGCUGGGCCUUCCUCAGCCUCCUCACCGGCUGCUUCCUCCCGUCGCCCACGCUCCUACCCUACGUCACCAAGUUCCUGCAGGAGGCGGGCCAGAGCCAAGGGCAGGCCCAGCACAGCCAGGAGCACCUCCAGAGAACCGUCAAGUACGGCGGGCGCCAGCGGCUGCCCUCCCCAGCAGAGCUGCGGGGAUUCCUGAAAGGGCAAAUGUCCCGCCUGCUGGUCAUCUACCUGUCGGGGGGCACCAGCUUCAAGACCAACAUCCAGACCUUCACCGUGGUCGAGGACGUCCUGGAGCAGCUGUGCGGGAACAUGGGCAUCACGGACCCCGAGGAAGUCCAGGAGUUCGCUCUCUUCCUCAUCAGAGGGGAAGGCCAGCUGGUGCGGCCCCUGCGGCCCCACGAGUACCUCAACAGCGUGGUGGCCGACAAGGACACGAGGAUCCACAGCCGCCGCCUGGGCUGGGACGCCCCGCUGCGCCUCAGCAACCCCAUCUACAUCAGCGUCCACUACAGCCAGGUGCAGCUGGACUACGUGCAGGGGAAGCUGCUCGUCGGCGCCCAGGAGGAGGCCCAGCUGGCCAGGCUGGCGGCCCUGCAGUGCCUCGGCAGCGCCCAGGGCGCCCCCGGCCCAGUGCUGGAGCCGGUCCCGUUCCUGCCGCAGCCGCUGCUGCCGCAGCUGAACCUGCCCGCCAUCGCGGAGCUGCUGAGGCACGAGCUGCAGCAGCUGCAGGGCUGCAGCGCCCUGGAGGCCCAGACCCGCUUCGUUGAGGCCGCGAGCCAGCUGCCGCUGUUCGGCUACACGGCAUACACGGUGCUGCGCGUGAGCGACCCCGCCCUGCCCGCCCACGGCGUCCUGGGCGUCAACCGGCACCGCCUGGUCCUCAUGGACCGCGGCUCCCAGACCCAGUGCUGCGCCAUCGCCCUGCGGGACGUGCAGGGGCUGCGCCUGCUGAGCCCGCAGGAGUACGGCGCCGCCCCCGGCCUCGAGCUGCACUUCGGCCCCGCCGCCAGCCCCCGCACCAUCUGGUUCGAGCUGCCGCAGGCCAAGGAGCUGCAGGAGACCAUCGCUUUCCUGAUGGAGAACUCGACUGCCCUUUAGCGCCUCAGCCGCGGGGGCGGGGGGCCCACCAGAGCCCCCAGACUCAAGACUUGCCUGACGGUGCCAGCAGCCACUGGGAUCCGGACUGCCCGGCGCCGUGUUCUGGAACCUUCUGGCCUCGC